AUGACGGGAUAUAAUCCAGGGAUAGGAAGUAAGGCGGGUCUAGUGGUUGGUAUAGGUGUUGAUGUAAUGAAAGCAUCACGAUUUGAGAAACUACUCAGAGCAAAGACGUCUUCUUUUGCCGAACGGUUGUGUAAAAGAAUCUUACACCCUACGCACGAGUUGCCAAAGUUCAAGGAAAUGAAUGCCGAAAGACAAGUCCAGUUUUUGACCGGCUCAUGGGCUGCAAAAGAAGCAUUGUUCAAAACGUUGCAACAAUCGGAACAAAACGAAUUCAAUUUCAACGAAUGGUAUCGAUGCAACGAUGCAACAGGAAAGCCCUUUAUCUGGAAUGACAAGUAUGAUGCCAAUAAUGUGGAGUUUCAUCUUAGUAUAUCCCAUGAUGACUCUCUAGUAAUUGCCACGGUUUUGCGACAAAAAGUCUACAAUUUGGAUUCAAAAAACACAUAA